GAUUAUAUAAGCUCCAGAGGGCUGGGAUCCACGCAGAUCUCUUCUUGUGGCUACGGCCUGCCAGAGAAACACCGACAAAGAGUUCACUCAGCACCCACCAUGUCCCAGGUUGGCAAUCCUGAAGACCCCAUCAAGAAGAAGCGCCCCCCUAUGAAGGAAGAAGACCUGAAGGGGGCCCGAGGGAACCUGGCCAAGAACCAAGAGAUCAAGUCUAAGACCUACCAGGUCAUGCGAGAGUGUGAGCAAGCUGGCUCAGCUGCCCCAUCUGUAUUCAGCCGUAACCGCACAGGCGCCGAGACAGUCUUCGAGAAGCCCAAAUAGUGACCUGCCAAGAAUGUCUUUGGCUGAGAAAUACAACUAUACCACACCAAACACCUGGACACAGGAGCCUUUCCCACGAACUCUUUUUUUUUUUUUUUUUUUUUUUAAUGCUAGAAGAUGCCUUACUCCUCUGUUGUCUUUGAACUAUCAUGCCUCCCAGCAACCCUGGCCCUUCUUCACCAGUACCUUGGAAACUCCAAUAAAGAGGAUGAUGCCCUAGUGGCUCCAACCUUG